AUGAAUGACUUACCAUUACUACCUGGUAAUCGUUUUUCAGAUGUAACGCGUACUAAUUUUAUAGUUCCACGUACAUUAUCUUUUAAAAAUGGUCAUAGAAUUAUUCGUUUACCUCGAUUUGGUAUUGGUCAAACAUACAAACCAAAUCUUCAGUUAACUGAAGAUGAACGUCAAAUAUUGACUAAUUUUCAACCUGAACUUAUCUAUGGUAAAGUUAAAAUACAAGAACCUCAAAAAUUUGUACCAGCUGCUGUUUUCUAUGAUAAAAAAGUACUACGAUUUUAUGGUUAUUUCAAACAAACAGUUUAUGAAAGCCCACUUGAAUAUUACCGUGUACGACGAGUUAUUAUCUAUUAUUAUCUCGAAGAUGAUACUAUUGCUAUCUAUGAAAUUCCUUAUCAAAACAGUGCACUUAAUCAAGGUUUACAUGUUCGUCGUCAUCGAGUUUCUAAAAAUGAUCAAAAUGAACCGUAUAAUUGGCGUGAUUUGAAUCUAGGAAAAAAUUUAGCUAUUUAUGGAACUAUUUAUCGAUUAUGCGAUUGUGAUCAAUUUACCAGAGAUUGGCUUGAAAGUGAAGGUAUUGAAUUACAAUGUCCUGAAUUAAUUCCAUCAGAUCCAUAUACAAUGAAAUUAAAGAAAAAAAAUGAAAUCGAAAAACAACGAUUGAGUCAUAAUGAUUUGAAAGAUAUUUUACCAGACCUAUUGACAAACCGAUGCAUUAUUGGUAAUAAACAAUUUAAAAUUAUGGAUGGAAAAGUUUUACGAUUUUAUGCUAUACUUGAUGAUCAAGAUCAGCAAUGUGAAAUUUUGAGAAAAUUUACUAUUCAUUUUUAUUUAGUUGAUCAUACCAUAGAAAUAAGAGAAACUCAUCAAGCUAAUGAUGGUUAUGAUCCAAUAGGAAUCUAUCUUCAUCGACAAAUUGUACCUAAAGAUUCAACAUAUAAUAUCAAAUCAUUUGUAAAUCUUUUUAUUAAUAAAUGUGAACAAGAAAAAAUAUGUUAUUUAAAACCAGAAGAUUUUGCUCUUGGUCGUCAUAUAACAAUAUUCAAUCGUAGUUUUCUUCUAUAUGAUUGUGAUAUAUUUACAAAAAGCUUUUAUCAUCAACACUUUGGUCAAUUUGAUUUCACACCAAUUGAUAUUAAUAAGAAAAGAUAUGUUAAACCAUGUGUUCCAUUACCUCCUAUACCACCACAUAUUAUGUUUGGUAAACCAGAAGAUACAAUCCAAAAUGUAAAAAAUCUUAUACCAAAACCAAUAAAAAAAGAUCGAAUUAAAUUAAUGGAAAAUGAAAAUCGUUUAUUACGUUAUGAAGCAGAAUCCGUUAAUGAAACAGAUGUUCAAAGAAAAUUUCUUAUUGUUUAUCGUCUUGCUGAUGAUCUUAUUUCUGUUUAUGAAAAACCUCUUGAUGGAUAUGGAUGUUUAACAAGGAAAUUUCUUGAACGUAUUCGAAUACCUAAACCAGAUAGUCAUCCAGAUGCACCUAUUUUCUAUGGACCAAAUGAUUUUUAUAUUGGUGCUCGAAUAGAAUUAUUUAAACAUCGUUUCGUAAUUAUUGAUGCUGAUCGUUAUGUAUUGAAAUUUAUUGAAGAAAAUCAACAACAAUUUUCACAACAUGUAAUUGAGUCACUUCGCAAAAAACUUUGUCUAAAUAAUGAAAAAGAUGAACAAAAUAAUCAUCAAAUGGACAUAUAUCAAUCAUGUUAA